AUGACAUACCACUGUUUGCACGUCCUCGCCUCAGUGAAAAUGGUGGCCGGUGUGAGCGAGGGAGAGGUGUCCACAAGUGUCUUGUGCUUCAUCUUGCACCCAACUGAUUCCAAGAUGAAACCCAAAUCCUUCAUGAAAGUCCCCGGCAGCUCUAUCUCACUCAAGAUCAACGGCAAGGAGUACCUCGUUGACAACAGCCUGGAUGCAGACACGAGCCUGAACGAUUUCAUUCGCGAUGGAGCGGGUCUGAAGGGGACGAAAGUGAUGUGCCGGGAGGGUGGCUGCGGGUGCUGCGUCGUGGGUGUGAGGACGUUUAACCCCCAUUCCAACACCUACCAGCCCCUUCGAGCUCUCAGUUCCUGCCUCGUCCCCAUCUACGCCUGCGACAAGUGGGAUGUCGUGACCGUGGAAGGGCUGGGGAGCUGCAAGACCGGCUACCAUGCCGUCCAGCAGCGGCUGGCCGACUUCAACGGUACACAAUGUGGAUACUGCUCUUCUGGCAUGGUCAUGAACAUGUACAGCCUCAUGAGUGGGGGAGGAGAGAAGCUGACGAUGCAGAAGGUGGAGGAUUCUUUCGAUGGAAACAUCUGUCGUUGCACUGGAUACAGGCCGAUCUUGGAUGCGUUCAAGUCUUUCGCCGAAGAUGCAACUCCGGAACUCCAGCAGAAAGUGGCCGACAUCGAGGAAGCCUGGAAGGGAAUGGGGAUGUGUCCCCGGACAGGUGAAGUCUGUGACUGCAAGGAUGAUGAAGCACGGGGAUCUUCCUCGGGACCUGAACCUUAUGUCCAUUUGGUCCUUUCCGGGUCGGAAUGGUAUCGGAUCACCGAUCUCUCUGGUCUUUACAACAUUCUCGACUCUCAUCGAAGCGAGAAGGUCCGCCUUGUCCUCGGCAACACUGGAGUCGGUGUUUACAAGAAUGACGGGCCGUAUGUGACCUAUGUGGACCUGUCAGGAAUUGGGGACCUCUUCUCCUAUUCCCUGAAAGCCAGACCAAUGGAAUUCGGGGCUGGCCUCUCCCUCACGAAGAUGAUUCAACUCCUGGAUGAAGCCUCGCAAGACAAUGCUUAUUCUUAUGCCGCUGUCCUUGCUAAGCACAUCCGCAAGAUCGCCAAUGUCCCCGUCCGAAAUGGAGGGAGUUGGGGUGGGAACAUGAUGAUGAAGCACGAUCACCCGGAGUUCCCAUCGGACGUAUUCAUCGCCCUGGAAACGGCAGGGGCGAGCGUGAAGAUAGGGAGUUCCCAGGGGGAGAGGACCCUGACGGUGAAGGAGUUUCUGAAGGCGGACAUGGAACAGAGUGUUCUGUUGACCCUGUAUCUGCCCCCGAAAUCCCCUGACACCGCGAUGAGGACGUUCAAGGUCAUGCCGCGGUCCCAGAACGCGCACGCGUACGUAAAUGCCGGGUUCGCGGCCCGCAUUCACCCGGAAACCUUCGUCGUCCUCGCACCACCGACCUUCGUCUUUGGCGGCAUUCGGGCAGACUUUGACCAUGCCACCCAGACGGAAUCGUUCGUGGUGAACAAGAGCCUGGCGGAUGAAGGCGUCCUCCAGGCGGCGUUGAACAUCCUCGGCGGAGAAAUCCAACCGGACUCCCAGCCUGCAGAUGCCUCUCCCACAUAUCGGCGGACCUUGGCUCAAGCACUCUUUUAUAAGUGGGUGUUGGGAAUCGUGGGAGAAGUUGCUGGAGGAAGGAUGCGAAGCGGGGGCUCGGGACUGGAGCGACCUCUGUCGUCGGGGAAGCAAAGUUACACGACGGACAAGGACACUUAUCCAAUCAGUGAGCCCAUUCCUAAGGUUGAGGCUCGGGCUCAAACCUCCGGAGAAGCACAAUACGUGAACGACAUACCCCACUUCCCCGAGGAACUCCAAGCGGCCGUCGUCACCACAUCCGUGGGGAAUGCCAAUAUAAAAAACAUCGACCCCACCGACGCCCUCGCAAUGCCAGGAGUGGUGGGGUUCGUGGAUCACAGGGAUGUCCGAGGAGAGAAUACAUUCUGCAAGCUCUCCCCUCCUUUCAACCUCGAAUUGGAGCCCAUAUUUACGAAGAAUCGUUCGCAAUAUGCGGGUCAGCCCAUCGGGCUGAUCUUGGCCAGAACUCGGCGAGAGGCGGAAGAAGCCGUCAACAAGGUCCGUGUGGAAUAUACGGAUGCUAAAAAACCCAUUCUCAGCAUCCGUGAUGCCCUCGCUCGACCUGACGAAACCCUCAUGAAACAUUUCGACCCUCUCAUGCCCUGCGAGAGCUACGACGAAGUGGUGGGCAAGGCGAAGUACACGUUGGAGGGGGAGAUUGAAUUCGGUUCCCAGCAUCAUUUUUACUUGGAGACACAGGUGUGCAUCUGCGUACCGGUCGAGGAUGGACUGGACAUCUACCCCGCCUCGCAGAGCAUCGACGACCUUCAGGACGUCGUCGCUCAAACGCUUGGGAUUCCCAACAAUAGGAUCAACAUUCGCGUUCGUCGCUUGGGUGGUGCAUUUGGGGGGAAGAUCUCGAGGGCGAAUAUGCCGGCUGCGGCGUGUGCCAUCGCCGCUGACAAGUUCAACUGUCCCGUCAGACUCGUCAUGAACUUCAACACCAACCUGGAGGCUGUCGGGAAGCGCCUACCCUACCUCAUCAAAUAUAAAGUCGGGUUUGAUGAGAAGGGGAAGCUGUCGAGUGUGGGAGGGACCAUCUACUCGGAUGUAGGGUGCAGUUACAACGAGAGCAUGGCCUCCUUCGCGGCCAUCAUGUCGCAAAAUUGUUACUAUUCCCCCGUCUGGCACUGGAAACCUGUCUCCGUCCUCACCAACACCCCGUCCAACACUUGGACCCGAGCACCCGGGACGACGGAGGGAAUCGCCAUCAUCGAGCACAUCAUGGAGCACAUUGCAGAGAAGCUUGGGAAAGAUCCGUUGGCAGUGCGAGAGAUUAAUUUCAUUCACGAAGGUGAAAAGGACAUGAUGGGGAAGCCGGUUGGGCCCAAUCAGCUCCCAGUCCUCAUCCAACAAUUCAAGGAAUCUUCUCAAUUCCCCCAGAGGCAGGAUGAUAUUAAAAAUUUCAAUCAGGAGAACCGAUGGAGGAAGAGAGGACUGUCUGUGGUACCGAUGAAGUACCCCGUGGGAUACCCGCCAUUCUUCAAGUAUGGGAUUCUGGUUUCCGUCUACCAUCAGGAUGGAACAGUAGCCGUCGAGCAUGGUGGCAUCGAAAUGGGUCAAGGCAUCAAUACAAAAGUGGCACAGGUGUGCGCGCGAGAGCUGGGGAUCCCGCUGUGGAAGAUCCAGGUGAAGCCGACGACCAACCUGGCUUCUGCCAACUCUUCCGUGACCGGGGGGAGUAUGGGCUCCGAACUUUGUGCACACGCGGCAGCUCUGGCGUGCAAGGAGCUUAUGGGACGGCUGGAACCGAUCCGAACGAAGAAGGGCCAGUUGCCCUGGGUAGAUCUCAUCAAGACUGCCUUCCAGGAAAAUAUCGACCUCACCUCCAAGCAUUUCUACACGAAGAUGGACGAACUCAAGGGCUAUGACAUCUGGGGUUUGGCAUGCGCCGAAGUCGAGGUGGACAUCCUCACCGGCGAGAAACAGGUGUUGAGAGUGGAUGUGAUGGAAGACGUGGGGGUGAGCAUGAGCCCAUUGGUGGACGUGGGUCAGGUGGAAGGGGCUUUCAUCAUGGGAAUGGGAUACUGGCUCCAAGAAAAGAUGAAAUACCAUCCGGAUACGGGCAAGAACCUCUCCAAUAGUACCUGGGAAUACAAACCCCCGACGACUAAAGAUAUUCCCAUCGACUUCAGGAUCACUUUCCUCCAAGAUGCACCGAAUCCUCACGGUGUUCAGCGUUCCAAAGCGACGGCGGAGCCUCCAUUGUGUAUGAGCGUGUGCUCGCUGUUCGCGGUUCGCCAUGCCGUCUCGGCUGCCAGGAAUGAUGCGGGAAACACCCAACCCUACCUCCUCGCGGGUCCGGCCACCAACGACGAAAUCCAAGCCGAAGCCCUCACUCAUCCCAAGGAUUUCAAGCUUCGCUAAACUUCUCAACCACCUGCCAUCUCUCCAUCUUCAUUAUUUUUAAACCACACUUGCAGGAUUCUGUUUCCUAGAUCUUCUCAUACACAAGUAUUACGGUACGUGGGGUGAUAUAUUCGUGCGUGUCAUAAGCUUUGUGAAUGCGUCUCUGUAUGCAUCUCUUGUGAUUCCUUGGGGUUUGAUCGGAAUACGAAAUGGUGUGCCAUUAUGCUCUCCUGAGAGGAAAUAUUUUUUAGUCAUUUCAGAGAAGUUAUGAAUGAUGUGCAGCUGAAUGAAGGCAUUUUUUCUCCCUCUUGGGUAA